UCAUUUUGAUUUUUCAUCGAACCUAAGUUGUCUCUGAAUUCCGAAUGGUAGUCACGCACUAACCUAUUCGGCUACUUGGGCCGCCACUUUUAAUUGCACCCAAUUCUCAUAAUAAAAACAAAUAACCUUGAAUUGCUAUCAGUUAAAGAACUAUUUUAAUGUGUAGGGAAAAAUACUUCAGUACUUGCGACAACCUGGAAACUUGCACCGAGCCCGGUUUUCACUACGCGCAAGAAUCGAAUUUCUAUUUUAUUUGAUGCCGGCGAUGAUUUUUUUGAUGUAGCUACUAAAACUACUGGGGACAGUUUAACUUGUUUACAUUGAAAUCAAGACACUGACAAAUAAACAAAGUUUUUGUUUGUUUAUUGUCAAAUAAAUCAAAAUAUAAACAAAUUUACAUGGAGUACAAACAAACAAAUAACAAUAAAAAUAUUCCGUUAGUGCUGUGUACACGGAAGAAGUGUCAAAUAAAUGUGGAAAAACAAAAAUCCUGCAGCGGCGAAACUAAAUACCACUCGUAAAAUGGCAUUGUUACAAUUGCCGCCAAAUAAUGAGCAGGCAAUCGUGCUGAAUACGCCAAAUCGCAAUGAGAUACUCAAGGAGGGGGUACCAGCGCACUCGAAAUACACAAUUUUGGGCAGAGGCGCCUUUGGCACCGUCUUUAAGGCGAUUUAUCGAGGUCAACCAGUGGCUGUGAAGAUCGUGCGAAAUGUAAGUAAGGCAAAUGCUCAAUCUAUGCGCAAUGAGAUGCAAAUUUUGGGUUGGAAGCAUCGAAAUAUAAUACAAAUUUUCAAGGUUGAAAUCACGCCAAAUUUUGGUAUUGUCAUAAUGGAACAGUUCAUGGGCAAGAGCUUGCAGGAGAUAAUAGAGGCUACACAGUUGCCGCUGGAGCAUAGAAUUUUCAUCACACUGGAUAUCCUAUCAGCACUUUCUUAUUGCCACAAUCGGCGUCUGCUACAUCUUGAUGUAAAACCACAGAAUGUGCUGGUAUCUUUUGUAGGCACCCAACCGCAACUGCGCGACGAAACCCUAUCAACUUUAUUCGCCCGUCGGCAAUAUGUUUGCAAACUAUGCGAUUUUGGUGCGUCGUUGAAGAUCGACUCUCCAAAGCUAGCGCCAAGAGGCAAUGCGCGUGGCACUAUGCGUUACAUGUCGCCCGAAGCAUUGCGCGAGGAGUCGCUUACACCCGCCGCCGACAUCUACUCGUUAGGCAUUACAAUGUGGCAAAUGCGAGAACGUUGUCUGCCCUAUCGUUGGAUCGCUUGCAAUGAAGUGGUCGCCUAUCAGGUGGUCAAGAACAAAUUACGUCCGGAUAUCGCAAACAUCGCCAAUGGUUGCAAGAGUGCUUUGCUCACGACUAUGCCACUGCAUCACAAAUGCCAUUGCGCCAAUUUGCCAGUCGAGGAGAUCACCUAUCAUUCGUUGGUGCAUCUGACAAAUGUACUAAAUCGCACCAAACAACCAGAAGAACAGUUACGCUUCUCUGAUUGCGGCGUGGAAGAAGUGCAUCAGGUGGUUGAGCGUCGUCCAUUCGCCUCUUUGAAUGCGAAAAUAAAUGUCAUGCGCAAUUUGAAUGUCGAAUUGAAUUCCAUGAAAUCACCGGUUGCUCAACGUUCGCCAUUGAAACAAACAAAAGAGCUGGUAAAACAGCAGCUGAAGCAUCAGCAGGAGCAGUGCACGCCGGAUGAUGUUGUUGAUCCCUUGGCAAUGUUCGGGGAUAUGUUGAGCCUGCACGAUCACAACAAGGAGCAGAGCUACGAAACGCUUUGUAGGGCUUGCUGGUGUGAUGAGCCUGUGCUGCGAGUGAAAGCGUCGGUUUUGCGCAACAAAUUAGUUGAGUUGUUGUAAUAUAUGGUAUUACUUGUUUGUGUAGGAAUUUUUAUAUUAUAUUUUAGUGUGUAUGAGAUUUUUAUAAGCACUAUGUUUUGUUCGACAAAUUUUAACUGUGUAUUAGAGUUACAUUAUUUUAAAUAAUCAAUUUUAUUAAUUUAUUAUCCAA